AUGGCGCAGCAAAGUAAAUCGUACCGUUAUGGUAAGCCGAUUGCGCCAUACAAACAGCAUGUCGUGGUUAAUAACGCCAGCAAUGGCUCUUCUUUCUUCAAAAAGAUGAAGUCUCUUUUCGGCCGCGAGCAAAGUACCAAGAAGGCAAGGAACCAAUCUGAUAAGGCAAGUCUAGGCCAAGGAGAGGAUAGCUUGCCGAGAAUUCCCGGUGGGUUUUUCGCUACCGAUGAUUCAAGGGUGAAAGUCGUUACAACUGCAGGUAUGCUCCAGCGAUCUGAAAACUCAUCAGCGAAUGUGACUCAGAGCAUUUAUGAAGAGGAAUCUAACGAUGAGUCUGAAAUCGUCAAUACAUCCAAUGCGAAAUUAGCAGAGUUUUUCAGCAAAAAGGGCGAUCAGCCACUGACAGACAUCGAGAUGGAGGGAGUACUGUCACUAAUGAAAAAGGCAAGUCGAACCGCUACCGCCCGCAAACGGCCUUUGAUCGCAACAGAUUUUGAUGACUCUACUACAGUAGAGUCGUCCCGAGUGUUGAGAAGUUCUAGAACUCCGUCCAUGGCUGCGACUUAUAAUAAGGCGCCCUCUUUUACACCUGGAUAUGAAGACUCAGUAGGCUCCCAGUCGUUAGGAAAUGCAAGCCUGCGGUCUACUUCUUCAAGAAGGCGAGUAUUCGAUUAUUCGAGUUUCCCAACGCCUUAUAAAACUGUCGUUUAUAAGUACAGUGCAGCCGAUGGAAAUAGAUUCGGUAGCACAGCAGUUCCUUCUGAAGCCCCAUCCAAUGAGCCAGGUCAGCAAGCAAACUCUAAUAAUUCAUCCGUACAGAGGCUAAGCAACACGGCGUCAGCAUUAGUGUCUCUUUUGGGCGGGAAAGAAAGCAACAAAGAUAUUCCAUCGCUUUGCUCGAAUCCGUACUCAUCCUAUAUUGAACCGAUACGUCAAUACAAGAAGAAGGUCUCUACAAUUCUUCCAAGGCCAGAUCCUGCACAAUCGAGUAGCUUAAGAUCUGAAGCUUUGGAAAAGAUACAAGAUGCGAAGGAUGAAUCAAACUCACAAGUCCUGCCAAAACAACGUCAAAAAGGGCAGCAAAAACCCUCUUCAGAUAAGUACAAACCAGCCAGGUCCUCUUCCCUGCGCUCCAGUAUAGUUCCCGUUGAGGAAGUAAGCAAGACAGUCAAGGAAAACGGAGAAAAGCCUGCAGUACCCACUGCCGCUCGCUUCAGCUUUUCCUUGGAGGGGAUGCGCAAUGAAAAGGAGCAAGCUGAAGUACGGCAACCAGACGCAACUCCGUUGCUUGAUCAUGCGGGAAGUGUGAACGCUCCGAAGCCAAGGCAGCGUAUGACUGAACUUGGGGUGAAUGAAUCCGAUAGCGGAAACGGGCAAGCAAAAAAGAGCGAUCGCGGAGAAUCGAAUCAUAAAGAGCCUGUCAGUCAGCAAGUUGAGGAUAAAUUUGACUCUCAAAGCAAGAUCGGUCUCUUUCCUUCAAAAAGUCUGACACCAGAGCCUGUAAAUUUCGAUUUUGGUGAACCUUUGCCUUCAAAUGUCGACGCUGGCCUCAUUGAUGGGGCCAAGGUGGAAAAAUUCAAAUCACUAUUCGCCUUCUGA